AAGAAACUAUAAAAAGGAAAAAGAACAAGGGAAAUUGACUGAUUCUUAUAGAAGGUACAAGAAGAAAACAUCCCCAGAUUCGGAGCAGCAUUUUCCAUUCAUAUGAUCAUAUCCAGCUAUACGACAAAAUGGUUUCAUAACCUUUCCCUGUCUCUCUCUUGCAUUGGUAAAACACAUGCAGAAAGUGGCUGAUAUGAUUCGGUGUUUUCGUUUUUGUAAUGUUGUGAUCACAGAUGGAGGACACCAGUGCGCCUUCAAGUUACGUAAGGCUUACAAAGGAAAAAGAGCCUCUGGAAGAUAUCACCCCUGGAGAACUCAAUCAACCCGUUCAAGUUCCUCAGUUGAUAGUUCGUACUUGUCCUGAAUGUGGGCAACCUCUACCUCAAAGCUAUGAGCCACCUGCUGAUGAAGACUGGACAACAGGAAUUUGCGGCUGUCUUGAAGAUACUGAUAGCUGCUGGACUGGUCUCUUUUGUCCAUGUUUGUUGUUUGGGCAAAACGUUGAAACCUUGAGAGAAGAUAUUGCAAGGAAAGAUGCGUGCUUCUGUCAUGCUUUAUGUGUAGAAGGCGGAAUGGUGGUUGCAGGAGCAACUCUACUCGUCCAUGGUAUCGACCCUAAAACAUCAUUUCUCAUUUGUGAGACCCUGGUUUUCGCUUGGUGGUUGUGUGGCAUCUACAAUGGCUUGUUUCGACAAUCACUACAGAAAAAAUAUCAUCUCAAGAACUCACCCUGUGAUCCCUGCAUGGUUCACUGCUGCUUGCAUUGGUGUGCCUUGUGUCAAGAGCAUAGAGAGAUGAAGAACCAUCUAUCUGACAACGCUGAAACCCAAAUGACCGUUGUUAAGCCUCCUCCUGUUCAAGAGAUGAACUCUGAUGAUCAGAAACAGGAGCCUGCAUCAUCAUCUCCAUCUGCAGCAUCUUCUGGAAAUGGUGAACACACAAAUUUGGAGAUACAGCCAGUAUAGAAUUUCCUAAUCACCAUCAAAUCAUAUACCACUAUCCUUUUUUUUUUCUUUUUUCCUGUUUAUUUUGCAAAUCUAAGCCAAGCAACUGAUUGAAAGGAGGAUCAGGAGGGCUGAUUGCUAGCAUACAAGAACUAUAGUUGUUUAAUCUUUUUGCAAGCAUUGAAUUCAUUGA